AUGGCUUCUUCAGCAAUAAUGAAGAGAAGAGAUUCAAUAACAUCCUUAUCUUCUCCUCCUUAUUCUAUUUCUCUUCCUCUUCCUCCUUUACGAAGAUACGACGUUUUCCUCAGCCACAGAGCUAAGGACCACAGAGCUAAUAACGACACUGGACGUAGUUUCAUAUCCGAUCUCCACGAAGCUCUAACAAGUCAAGGAAUUGUAGUUUUCAUAGACAAGGAAGACGAAGAAGAUGGAGGGAAACCGUUGACGGAGAAGAUGAAAGCGGUGGAUGAAUCAAGGUCUUCCAUCGUGGUUUUUUCGGAGAAUUAUGGGAGUUGGGUUUGCAUGAAGGAAAUAAGGAAGAUUAGAAUGUGUCAGAAGUUAAGGGAUCAAUUGGUGCUUCCAAUAUUUUACAAAGUAGAUCCAGGGGAUGUGAGGAAGCAAGAGGGGGAGAGCCUUGUGAAGUUCUUUAAUGAACAUGAAGCCAAUCCUAAUAUUAGUAUUGAAGAAGUUAAAAAAUGGAGAAAAUCUAUGAACAAAGUUGGCAAUCUCUCUGGAUGGCAUCUCCAAGAUUCCCAUUCUGAAGAAGGGGCCAUCAAAGAAAUUGUGAAUCAUGUUUUCAACAAAUUGCGUCCUGAUUUGUUUCGGUAUGAUGAUAAAUUAGUUGGAAUUAGCCAAAGACUGCACCAAAUAAAUAUGCUUUUAGGAAUAGGUUUGGAUGAUAUACGCUUUGUUGGAAUAUGGGGAAUGGGUGGAAUUGGCAAAACGACCCUUGCUAGAAUCAUUUACCGAAGUGUUUCCCAUUUAUUUGAUGGCUGUUAUUUCUUAGACAACGUCAAAGAAGCUUUGAAGAAACAAGGCAUAGCUUCAUUACAAGAAAAGCUUCUAACAGGAGCUUUAAUGAAGAGAAACAUUGACAUCCCUAAUGCUGAUGGAGCUACAUUAAUCAAGAGAAGAAUAAGUAAUAUCAAAGCUCUUAUAAUUCUCGACGAUGUUGACCAUCUAAGCCAACUUCAACAGUUAGCUGGCAGUUCAGAUUGGUUUGGUUCAGGAAGUCGAAUCAUCGUUACAACGAGAAACGAACAUCUACUCGUGUCUCAUGGAAUUGAAAAAAGGUACAAAGUUGAGGGGCUGAAUGUUGAAGAAGCUCUUCAACUUUUUUCACAAAAAGCAUUUGGAACAAACUAUCCAAAGAAAGACUAUUUCGAUCUCUCUAUACAAGUUGUGGAAUAUAGUGGAGAUCUUCCAUUAGCAAUUGAAGUUCUUGGAUCUUCUUUACGUGAUAAAUCAAGAGAAGUAUGGAAAAAUGCAGUGGAGAAGUUAAAAGAAAUUCGUGACAAGAAAAUAUUGGAAAUAUUAAGGGUUAGUUAUGAUUUGCUAGACAAAUCAGAGAAGGAAAUAUUUCUAGAUCUUGCAUGUUUUUUCAAAAAGAAAAGUAAAAAGCAAGCAAUUGAAGUGCUUCAAAGCUUUGGAUUUCAAGCUAUUAUUGGACUUGAAAUUUUGGAGGAAAGAUCUCUUAUUACUACACCACAUGAGAAGAUACAAAUGCAUGAUUUGAUACAAGAAAUGGGUCAAGAAGUUGUUCGUAGAAUGUUUCCGAACAAUCCUGAAAAACGUACUAGGCUGUGGCUUCGUGAGGAUGUUAAUCUUGCUCUAAGUCAUGAUCAGGGAGCAGAAGCAAUUGAAGGAAUAGUGAUGGAUUCAAGUGAGGAAGGAGAAUCACAUUUGAAUGCCAAAGUCUUUUCAACAAUGACCAAUCUUAGGAUAUUGAAAAUAAACAAUGUUUCCCUUUGUGGAGAACUUGACUAUCUCUCUGAUCAGCUGAGGUUCCUCAGUUGGCAUGGCUACCCUUCAAAGUAUUUACCUCCAAAUUUCCAUCCCAAAAGCAUAUUAGAACUUGAAUUGCCCAACAGCUUCAUUCACUAUCUUUGGAAAGGCUCAAAGAGAUUGGACAGAUUGAAGACAGUAAAUCUUAGUGACUCUCAGUUCAUAUCCAAGACACCUGAUUUUUCAGGGGUUCCAAAUCUAGAAAGAUUGAUCUUGAGUGGUUGUGUAAGACUGACAAAACUUCAUCAAUCUCUAGGUUCUUUAAAGCGCCUAAUUCAAUUAGAUCUUAAGAAUUGCAAAGCCCUAAAAGCUAUUCCUUUCAGUAUUAGCUUAGAAUCACUCAUAGUUUUAAGUCUUUCAAACUGUUCAAGCCUAAAAAAUUUCCCAAAUAUUGUUGGAAACAUGAAAAACUUAACAGAGCUUCAUUUAGAUGGAACAUCCAUACAAGAAUUACAUCCAUCAAUAGGACACUUAACAGGACUUGUCCUAUUAAAUCUUGAAAAUUGCACAAAUCUUCUAGAACUUCCAAACACAAUUGGUUCUUUAAUAUGCUUAAAAACUCUCACGUUACAUGGCUGCUCAAAACUUACUAGAAUUCCAGAGAGUUUAGGAUUUAUUGCUAGCUUGGAGAAGCUUGAUGUUACUAAUACUUGUAUAAAUCAAGCUCCAUUGUCCCUUCAACUUUUGACGAAUCUCGAAAUACUAGAUUGUCGAGGUCUUUCUCGUAAAUUCAUCCAUUCAUUAUUUCCAUCAUGGAAUUCUUCAUCAUAUUCUUCUCAAUUAGGAUUGAAGUUUACAUAUUGUUUAUCUAGUUUUUGUUCAAUGAAGAAAUUGAAUUUGAGUGAUUGUAGUUUAAAGGAUGGGGAUAUACCAGAUAACCUUCAAAGCUUGCCUUCACUUGAAAUUCUUGAUUUAAGUGGAAACAGUUUUAGUUUUCUACCUAAAAGUGUUGAACAUCUUGUGAAUCUUAGAACUCUUUAUUUGGUAAAUUGUAAAAGGCUUCAAGAAUUGCCAAAACUCCCACUUAGUGUUCGUAGUGUAGAAGCAAGAGAUUGUGUUUCACUUAAGGAAUAUUACAAUCAAGAAAAGCAAAUGCCUUCAAGUUCAACAGGUAUGGCUGUUAUAAGUUGUCCUAUAACGGAUGAAGAACAUAAUUUCAAGAUCGAUAGAGUCAAUUUGUCAAGUAUUCAUCUUCGUACAAUGGUUCAAAGAUAUAUUGAGGUUCUGACAUGGCAACAAGAAGAAUAUUUCUUCACUAUCCCUUACACUCAGCUUAUUUCAUGCUUUGACCAUAGAAAGCUUGGAUCUUCAAUCACAGUGCAUUGCCAUCAAAACACAUAUGAAUCUAGAGAUAAUGAGAGAAUUGGGAUAGCUUUAUCUGCAUUCUUUCAGGUGCAAGAAAACCCUCAAAAUAUUGGCCAUUCAGAAACUACAUUUUGCAACUUCAUCAUCAAUCUAGAAACAGAUGAUUGCCCUUUGAAAUCUCCUCUAAUAUUUAAUAAAAAUGAAGACAAAUUACGCCCUCCUCGAGGGCUUCUAGUGUUUUUCAUACCCUUUAGAAUCAUCAGUUAUUGGUUGGAUCAAUCUUGCUGUGUUGAUAUCUCAAUAAUUCCUACAAAUCCAAUGGUAAAAGUGAAGGCUUGUGGGGUUUCUUUACUUUUUCAGCAAAAUGGUGGGGUUUUUAUUGGAAAAAUAAUGAAGGGUCUUUUUGGAUCUCCUGAUUUUGCUCAUAAAUUCAUGUUGGAGCACAUAUUAAAUCAGCAAAACCAUGUGGACGUCUCUAGCUUGGUGGAAGGAGGACCCAAUGCAAGAAGUUAUUGGCUAAAUGCCUUGCAUAGGACGGUGGGAGUAUUACCACCAAAGCUUCAACCAAGUAUACAAUCCAAUGAUAUAGAAGAUGGUUCCUCUUCUAAUUUGGCAAUUGAACAAGUUUCAACUCAAAAUGAUCACCCAACAAUUAUGUUGAAGAGGAAUCUCAAAUCGGUCCUACGUAGAAUUUUUGAGGAAUUGAAGCUUAAUGGUGAAUACUACUGUUUUCCUCGAGGAGAAAUUUCCAAAAGAUGGUUUACUCUUCAAGUUAAGAGGCCUUCAGUGACAAUAAAAGUUCCUCCAAAUUUGCACAAAAACAAGAAAUGGAUGGGUUUGGCAUUUUUUGCCAUAUUUGCUAGUGAUAUCAACUCCAAUAUUUCACAAUCAUUCUCAUAUCAAUUGGAAUUUGAUGAGUAUCCAUUAGGGCGUCCAUCAAUUAUUCGUCUGCAUGAUGGAGCCUUCAGUAAUGACUCUCGUCAGUUAUGGGUUUCUUUUGAGCCUCGUGAAGUUUACCCUUAUAGGUUAAAUAAAUGGAGAAACCUUCGUGUUUCUUUUCUACCAAGUUGCUCACAAACAAAGGUAAUAUUAUGUGGUGCACGUCUUCUUUACCAAGAAGAUUUGGAUGAGUUUGUAGACACUAUUAUUGACAGUGUAUUGGGUUGCUCCAUAAACCUUCAUGAGUUUUAUGAUGGAGUGUUUUUAAACAGUAUGUUGAGUUUGAUAAGAUCACAAAAGUAUGAUCCGGAUAUCGAGGAGGACGAGGACAAGGACGAGGCUUUGAUGGAAACUAGAGGAGGAAAUUAUGCUUCCACAUCUAGCAGUUCUCUUGAAUCAACAACAAAAGGCCGUCUUGAUGAUAGCAAUGAUUACUACUAUGAUCUCAAGCAAUGCCUUCAUGUUUUCUUCCAAAGGAGUUUACAGAACCGAUAUGACACCGCGUUCGAUUUUAUCGUACGGGGACACGACGUUCCACAACUAUUCUCUCGCCAACCGGAGAGAAAUAGAGCAAGUAUUGAACUUCCCCCAACAUUAUAUACAAGCAAUGUUUGGAUUGGGUUUGUUGUUUGCACACUUUUAUACGUCAACAAAAAUCCAACAGCUAUCUACAACAACCUUGGUUCAAGGAUGCCUCAUGACCUUAUGUGCCAAUUUGAAAUUGAGCAAGGCCUUCUAAAGCCACUUCAUAUUCACACUACAAUGGAGAACAAAUGGUUGUGGUUGGAUGAAAGACAAUUUGUUUGGUUGUACUAUACGCCACGAAGAACAUUCGGUCACAUUUUGCGUCAUUGCUCGUAUAUUCGCGCUAUUGUUGAAGCUGAUAGUCCUGAAUUGACGGUUCGUCGAUGUGGAAUUUAUCUUCUGCAUAAUCAAGAUAGGGAGAAGAUUGAUCAGAUAUUAAUAGAAUCGUUACCAACAAGAAGCACCUAGGUACAUACUAAUUUACUAAUUAACUUUGCUGUAAAUAAUUCUCACUUAUUGAUGAAGAAAAUUAUUGGUAUUGCCAUAUGAUACAAGCUUUGGUUCGUGUCUUACGUGAUAUGCAAAAGAAUCUUAAACAUAAGUUACCUUCAUCCA